AUGAGCACUUCUGCUCAACCUAACAUAAAUAAUGGAUUUGAAGAAAACAAGAAAAUAAAAAGGGGUCAAUUGCUUCUCUCUCUACGGCGCGACUCAACUCGUUUCAGCCGUGGUCAGCUUUCUGCCAAGGAGAAGACUCGAGAGAUGAUGGACAGAGCCAAGGAGAGCGCCGACGACACUGUCGACUCUGUCAAGGAGAGAGCGUGGCAGAUGAACGGAAAAACUAAGGAGAAGGCCUACGAGAUGAGAGACGUCGUCGGCGACAUGGCCGACAAGACGAAGCGGCAGGCGCACGAGGCCACGGAGUAG